AUGCCUGCUCGUUUAACACAAGAUUUGCGCAACACUCUCCAAUCUUUGCUCCAACGUGGUCUGUCGUUCUCAAAGAUAAGAUAUUUGUAUCCAGGAGUGGGUAACUCUACUCUUACAAGGCUCAGAAAACUAUAUUGCCCUGACCCAGCUAGACCUCUUGGCGGAAGACCGAAAAAACUUGGUACUAAAACUAUGUCCCUAAUGUCAAGAGAACUUCGAUCAGGUACUUUAGAUAGUCCCGGAGCAGCGCAAGAAAGUUUAAGAUUGAUGGGUCAAGAUAUGUCAAUUGGUGGCAUCCGCAAGUCAUUGAAAAGAAAUGGUCUUAAAUCUCGAAUAAAAGCAAAGAUAAAUUUUGUUAGCAAGGUAAACAAGCGGCUUCGAUUGGCGUGGGCUAAAAAGCAUAGGCAUCUUACUACUGCUGAUUGGCGUCGUUGGGUGUCUUCGGAUGAAACAAGAAUAAACCUUUGGGGCUCAGAUGUCAAGUCUCAGGUGCAGAGAAAUGACGGUGGGGUCAUGUUCUGGAGUUGCAUAACAGCGGAGGGGCCUGGUUAUGGUACUACCAUUAUUGAAGACGCAAUAAACUCGGGCUUGUUUGUCGAUAUUUCGAAGACAUCAUUGAACGACACUCUUGAGCACUUUGGGAAGACACCAUCUGAUGUGCGAAUUCAACAAGACAUAGCAACACCGCAUACAUCGGGCAUUACUAAACAAUGGUUCACCGACAAUGGGUUUAACCUAGACAAAAUUAUGGAUUGGCCACCCCAAAGUCCCAAUCUUAAUCCCAUUGAACAUGUCUGGCAUCUCCUAAAGCUUCGUCUUAAUAAGUAUCCCAGUAGGCCCUCUACAAAAGAAGAAUUAGUGCGGCGUAUUAACAUUCAGUGGUACAAAAUAACAGAAAAAGAGUGCCAGAAAUAUAUUGAUAGUAUGCCUGCCCGAAUCAAGGCUGUCAUCAAGAGCAAAGGUGGUUCAACUCACUAUUAA